AGACAAGUAGAGCUGUGUGUCAUAGGUGUAGCAGUGGUAAGAGAAUCCAUGUGCAUGAAUGAUGGUUUUAUUGUAGUAAUAUUGUAGUAACCAUGUGUUUUGGUGGAAACUAUAUAGUUAUGUUGUACUAAUCAAGGUGUUACUACAGUAACAUGUUGUUAAUAGUACAUUAGUAGUAACCAUGUUUAAUUUUGUGGUUACUAUGAUUUCACUAGAAAGAUAUCAUGGUGAUACUAUGGUUACGGUAGUAUAACCAUGGUUAAUUUUCAUAAGGUAGGGUUAGGGGUUGGUGUGGGGUGUCUGUGGGACUAAACACAAUAAAAAUGCUGCAGUGAUGCCCCUAUACUGUAUGUUAGUAUUUAAACAGGGGUGUAAGAGUAUCUGCCACUAUUUGCACUGGAGUGCAAAUAGCAUCUAAUGGUAUUUGCACUUAGUGCAAAGAAGAUGCUUUUUGUUGCUUUUACACUUAGUGAAAAUAGCAUCUGACGCUAUUUGCACUUACUGUAGUGCAAAUAGCCUCUGGCAAUAUGAAAUGAUGCGUUCCGUAUCGAAUCAGUAUGGGACGCGAUUUGGUCAGAUGGUGUCACGGUGAAAUUGUUUUAGAUCGUUAAUUUAACAUUUGAUAUAAGUUGGAAAUUUUUCAUACGGUGGGUAAGGGACCGUCUGAAAAGUCCACACAUUGUGCUAAAACUGUGGAUUUUAUUUACUGAAAAACAGAAGGUUCUAUAUAAAUGUUAAAUAAGAUGUACAAAAUUACACAGAUCCAACAGUAUAUGAAUACAAUCACUCAUAAAGUCAUAAAGACAAGAAUUACAGGUGAAGAAUUUGUUUGUUUUUUUAAAUAAAAAAUAAAAAAAUACACAUAAACCAACACAAAUGUAUACAUAAAUAAGAUGAAGAUAAAUGAUCGAGAGAGGGGAAAAAAAGAAUAAUUACUUUUUUCACAAUCCUAGUUUUCACAAUCCGAUGUUGGCAGGUAUGAUUUCAAAACUUGCAGGGUUUACUUGACAAUCAGUUAGAUUCACUUAAUAAUAACUUUACAGUGGCAGGCCUUAAAGUUCAGUUAACUAAAGUGUGGUUGUUAUAAAUACAUCCAAUGUACGUAAGUUCAGCAAACUAAACUUAAGUUUUCACAACGACAUUCAGUCAGUUCAAAUUACUUUUUAAUUUGUGAGAUAAACUUAUCCAGUUCAGCCAGUUAAACUAAACUAAACGAAAAAAAAAAAAAAAGGCACUGAAUAAAAUGAGUUAAAUCAACAAAACAUUUUUUACAGUGUUGGUAUAUGAUGUACAAGUCACAUACUUUUAUGACUGUUUCACUAUGUACUGUAAUGCCAUUGUACUGAAUUCAGACUCCAGGACAUUCAUUAAAUUAUUUCCUUUUGUGUUUUGCAGAAGAAAGACAUAUUGGCUUGGAACACCAUGAGGGAUGGCAUUUCCUGUAGAUAUUCUGACAACUGUGGACCAUGAGUCCUUAGAAAUGGCAGCCAAGAACUACAUGUCUCAGCUCCUCUACAGAAAUCCUGACACAUCGGAAUAUCUCAGCCGAUCUGAUUCCAAACAAAUACAGAUUGGACUAUGCAAUGUAAGUUUUGUCCCUCUCUAUGGAGCAGAUACUAAAGAAAAGGUCCUUGCUUUGUUCUCACCAGAUAACCCUUUCAUAGUUGCAGGGCUUUAUUUGCUGGGUAAGUGGUGGACAGUUGAAGAUAUCCUUAAAACAGCAGACCCCUCAAGAACAGGUCUGAUCAAGGUCAGCACCCUUGGGGAGAGGGUAGUCCUGUAUGUUCUCAACAGAAUUGUGUACAGAGCCAAGGAGAAAAGCAGUGAAGAUGUUCCCUUUCUCUGUCAUUGUGAGGAUGAAACCGCAAAAAUACUAUGGAAGGAUGGUGAGGCCAUUGGCUUUUACUCAGUCAAACCCAAAGAGAGCUUGUGCAGUAACUUCUUGACGCAGCGCUAUCAGCUUCCUGUCAUGGACACAAUUUUUGUCAGGAAAUGUCACCGUGGCAAUGGCCAUGGCCUACAAAUCUUGGAAGACUUUGUUGGUAGUUUCAGAAAGGAGUACCUAGGGUUUAAAUUCCCUCUUUCAAAGGCUAUGUAUAAAGUGUGUGAAAAGUACUUCAGUAUGUAUCCAGCAGAUAAGGAGCUUCUUUGGGAAGUAGAGGGCAUAGGAGGCCCUUUCCAGAGAACUUUAAUAGCCAGCAAGCUACAGAAGUUGAAGCUAAAAGAGAAGGACCAGGUUGUGAGUAAAUUGAAUUUGGAGGAAGAUAAUACCAGUGCUCCGGUGGAAAUAGAGAUUACAAAGAUUCAAGAAACUUCUGAAUACACAAUGGAGAUUGUGGAGGAGGCCAUCACAAAAGUCACCAAAGAGGUAGAUGACAUACCUGUCACAAGAUGUGGGAGAAGCAGCAACCUGAAACGCAGAGGAAUCAGAGAAGAUUCAGAGGAGAGGCUAUCAAAGAACAUAAUUAGGGUGGAAGACAUUGAGGCUGGAGUUGAAAGUCCGAUUGAGGUAGUGACUGAAGAAAAACUUGAUAACAGCACUUUUUUUGUAAAAGAAUCAGAAGCUGUACUCAAGAGUACAACAGUCACAGUAACUGCAGCUGUGACAAACAUUUUAGUGCUUAGAGAUUCACAGAAAGAGGAGGAACAGGAAAUUAAAAACAAGGUCAUUCUGGACACAGUUGAGGAUAUUCUUGAUAGGCCUGCCAUAGACUUAGCUAAAGCUACAUCAGAGGAAGGUCUUGAAAAUGAAGAGGAUACCCCAGUCACCCACUUCACCACAGUUGGGGAAAUAAAGAGUCAAUGUGGCAGGGAAGAGGAACAUGAAACGAUUAAUAAGGAGCCCAUUGUGGAAAUACAAGGAGCCACUAUUGCGUCUUAUUACCAACACCAUUCUCAGUCUUUGGUGGAUGUAGAAAUUGUCAAGAUGAGUACAGGAAUUGAAGAGGAGCAAAAGGGGAAAUUAGAAAAGGCCAAAGAGGGUAAGGAAGAUGAACCUGUAUGUGAGGAAGAGGAGGAAAUAAAACAAAUGCUGGAUGAACCUGAAAAAACUAUGGAAAAUGCAAAUGGGAAAGAGAGCGAGAAGACACAGGAGAUUUUUACAGAUAUUGAGAAGAUUGUGGAAGAAGAGGAAAUGCAUGCAGAUGAAAUGGAAAAUGAAAAUAUUGAUAAAGCAGACAUUUUUCCAGAAGUUUUAACAGCAGAAAACACAGUUCUUGAGCAGACAGUGACUGCUAAACUAACAGAAAAAGAACAAGCUCAUAGGGAUGUGGAAAAGAUGGAGGAGAAAGAAAAAACAGUAGAGGAUGAGGAAACUGAAGAAAACAAAGAUGAAAAUAUGGACUCACAGGAAUGUGAAGCAAAGGAUGAAGACACAGUUCUUCAACAGUCUUUGAUAGACAAAGACCAGACAGAGCUGGUGGCAGAGAAAGAAUCUGUGAAAAUGACCCCUAGUAAUGAAGAGGUCCCAUGUGAGAAGCCAAAACAGAGUGAGACAGAACAGGUCUUCUCCAAAAGCAAGUCAGCUCAGAAGAGAAUAUCAGUAAUAAUUCCUUCAAGGAGAUCCAAAAGACUUAGGCAUCAGCCUGUUGACACAAAAAGAGAUCUUAAAAGGACUACAAAGUCUUCUAAGCCUACACUAUACAGCAAAGCAAUGAUGCAAGAAGGGGAUACCAAAGAAACAAUGGAUGAACCUGAGGAUAAUGAUUCUGAGGUUAUUGAAGAGACACAAGAACCUCAAGUUAUUGUUGAGGAAUGCAAAGAAAAUGGCAAACUUAUAGUAUCUACAGUGGAAGCAGAAGUCACACAUAUUAAGGAAACUGCAGCUGCAGAUCCUGAGGUGUGUGAAGAAGUGAAAGGGACAGAAAUAGAGAGUCAAAAGGAAGUACCGCAACAGUCAUCUGUAGAGCUUGCUGAGGUACAAGACGAAACAAUGGUGCCUGAAGAGGAUGAUGAGAAAGAGGGUAAUGGCACCAUGAUGUUCACAUUGCAUAAAGCCAAAGUUGUGCUUGUAGAAUUUAAUAUACCGUCUCCUAAAGAGUCAGGUGAGCGUGAUACUAUUGAGGAGAUAUUACAUACUCAGGAGGAAAAAGAAUCAGACAAAGCAAGCAUUAUGGAUACUCAAGGAGAGGUGGGUAUUACAGAAGAUGGGAUGGAGCAGACAGUGUCUCAGCUGAAAACAUCUGAGCAAGAAGCAGUUGAAGAACUUGUUAGAAUCAAGGAAGAAGGUACUUUGGAUAAACCUAUGGAUGAAACAUACAGUAGUACUAUUACAGAAGGAUAUGAGUUAGCAGAUGUGGCCAACAGAAUUCCAGGACAAUCAAUUGCAGACAAAGAGAAAAUGGGUGAGCCAGAACCAGAAACUACAGAGGUCUUUCAUCCAAGCCUAGUUGAGAAACAAGAGGAGAAAAGAGACACUGUACAAGCUAAAGAGGAUGAGCAGGACUCAGGGAAGGAUUCAGAUGAGGCAGACAAGUUGUUUACCAGAGGUAAAGAAGCCCAAAAGAGAAGACCAGGUGACACCACAAAAAGAUCCAGAAGACUUAAAGAUCAACCAACCGACCCUGUGGUGACAGUCAGAAGUUUGAGGGGCACAAUAAAAACAGUAGAGAACACCCCUCUCAGGACAUCUACACGACGCAAAGCAGUGAUUCAGCAAGUAGAAACUGUUAAGCCACAAGCGGAAAAGAGGGAAAAGGCAGAACUCGGAAAUGAUGAAAACACUGAUAGUGAUGCAGAGGAUGCAGGUCCAGAGGAGUCUGAAAUGACAAAAACAAAUGUUGAGGAAACAGCAGCUGUUGAUCCUGUGAGUUCUGAACUGAUGAAAGGUGCAGAAAUUGGUAAUAAAGAUAAAGCAAUUGUAGAGUCUACUGAGGAUGCCCCACUUUUACAAACAGAACCUGGUGAGGAUGUACAGAAAGAAGAGAACAGCACCUCAGUAAUACAUUGGCAAAAUGCCACAAUAAGGCUUGUGGACGUGAACAAACGUUACCAAAACAUAGAAGGAAAUAGUGAGACUGCAGAGUCUGUGAGACUGGCAGUGGAUAAGUCUGCUAAUAGAGAAUCUGACCAGUACAGCAUGGAACCAGAAGAAGACAAACAACUAAAAGUAGUAGACACAGAGGAAGAAACUGAAAAGAUGCCAGAGAAAGAGAAAAUGGAGGAAGAAAACACAGUUGAUGAGCAGAAUGAACCAGAUAAACAAGCCAUGACAUUUAAAGAGCAAAAGCCAGCAGAAGGGGUCCUUGAAACAAAGACGACUGAAGAAUUGGAAGAAGGUCAAAAUGAUGUAAAGGAGACAGAGAUUUUAGAUGACUAUAAAGCAUUUAUUUAUGAGGCAGUAGAAGAAGCAACAACAACUGGAGAGCAUCCAGACUCAAUGGAAAAUGUAAUAAAUAUAAAUCAGGAGACAGACAAUUAUAAAGAUAAUGCAUUGAAAGAGAUAAAAACAGACAGUUGCAUAGCAGGAGAGAAGAUAGAGGACAACAAGGCCACAAUGCCAGAGGAGGACUAUGUGGUGGAAAGCACAAAAAAUGAAAACACUCAGAAUGAGGAUGAAGAGAUGACCAGUCUUGUUCAGGAGAAAGCUAUCCAGGAAAUCGAGGAAGAGGAGGCACCAGUCUACACAGAGAGAAGUCUCAGACGAAGAACAGUAAGAGUUCAGUCUCCACAGAGAAAGAAAUCUAAAUGUGUACAAAAACAGGAGUCUAAGACUCAGAAAAGCCAUACAAUGGAGAGCAAGGAUAAAACUGAAACAGUCCCAAUAACAGAAAAGGGAGUUGAAGAAAUGGAUCAAGAAGUCGACAAGAUAGACAACAAGCAAGCAGAUUUAACUGAGGCAAAGGAGACAGAUGAAGAGAAGGAGGAGGCCCCUGAGGUGGGAAGAGAAGAAGCCAAUUUAGAGCAACAGGAUAAUGAGCCGUUAGUUGAUAAUGAGAAAGAAACUUCUGUGACAGAAAACCCCAUUGAGAUGGAUGAUGCUCCAAUGAUUAGCAAGGAUCAAACACAUGUUUUAAAAGAGAUCACCAUUCAAGUAGAAGAGAAGGGGUCACAGAUGGAAAGCACUGAAUCCAAUCAAAAUAAGACUGAAAGGGUCACAAGGAGAAGCCUCAGGCUCAGUGCAACACCAGUUAAAUCUUCCACAAGAAGAAUAUCUCAACGUUUCCAGGCACAAAUGUUGGAGCCAGUGGAAGAAGCAGACAUGAGUGGAAAUGAACAUGAUAACAUUUCUGCAACAACAAAAGAGACUGUGAAUAUCAUUAUGCCCAUUAUUACAAAAGAGACCAAUUUGAAAAGUCUUGAUGAAAUGGCAAACACAAAUAUUGAGGAAACAACAGCGGUUGAUCCUGAGACUUCUGAACUGCUGAAAGGUGCGGAAAUUGAUAUUGAAGAGAAAGCACCACAAAUUGUAGAGGUUACUGAGGAGGUGAUCCCACUUGUAGAAACAGAACCUGUUAAGGAUUUAGAGAAAGAGGAGGACAGUACUCCAGUACUCAAACUGCAAUAUGCCAAAGUAAUGCUUGUGGAUGUUAACAAACUUUCUCAAAAAAUAGGAAACAUGGAGACUGCAGAGGAUCUAGUGCAUUCCCAGAGGGAGGAAGAACUGGAACUGGAUGUAUCAGCUAAUAUUGAACAUGAGCAGAGCAACAUGGAAUCAGAAGAGGACAAACAACAAGAAAUAGAAACAGAGCAAGACCCUGAAAAGAUGCCAGAGGAAGAGAAAAUGGAGGAAGAAAACACAAUUAAAGGCCAGAAUGAACCAGAUAAACAAGAUGUGACAUUUAAGGAGCAAAAGCCAGCGGAAGGGGGGGUCCUUAAAACAAAGACGACUGAAAAUUUGGAAGAAAGACAAAAUGAUGUAAAGGAGACAGAGAUUGUAGACGAAUAUAAAGCAGUCAUAGAUGAGGCUCUGGAGGAAGCCAUAAUGUCUGGGGAGCAUCAAGACACAAAAUCUAUAGAAGAUAGAACAAAUAUAAAUCAGGAGACAGACAGUGAUCAAGAUAAUGCUUUGAAAGAGAAACAAACAGACAGUGACAUAGCAGGAGAGAAGACAGUAGACAGCAACAUCACAAUGCCAGCUGAGGAAAGUACUAAAAAUGAUAACAUUCAGAAUGAGGAUGAAGAGAUGACCAGUCUUGCUCAGGAGAAAGCUGUCCAGGAAAUCUUGGAAGAGGAGGCACCAGUCUACACAGAGAGAAGUCUCAGACGAAGAACAGUAAGAGUUCAGUCUCCACAGAGAAAGAAAUCUAAACAUGUACGAAAACAGGAGUCUGAGUUAGAUGUUGAAACACAGGAAAGUCACACAGUGGAGAGCAAGGUUAAAGCUGAAACAGUCCCAAUAACAGAAAAUGAAGACAUGGAUCAAGAUGUCAACAAGAUAGACAACAAGGAAGCAGAUUUAACUGAGGCAAAGGAGACAGAUGAAGAGAAGGAGGAGGCCCCUGAGGUGGGAAGAGAAGAAGCCAAUUUAGAGCAACAGGAUAAUGAGUCGUUAGUUGAUAAUGAGAAAGAAACUUCUGUGACAGAAAACCCCAUUGAGAUGGAUGAUGCUCCAAUGAUUAGCAAGGAUCAAACACAUGUUUUAAAAGAGAUCACCAUUCAAGUAGAAGAGAAGGGGUCACAGAUGGAAAGCACUGAAUCCAAUAAAAAUACGACUGAAAGGGUCACAAGGAGAAGCCUCAGGCUCAGUGCAACACCAGUUAUAUCUUCAACAAGAAGAACAUCUCAACAUCUCCAUGCACAAAAAUUGGACCCAGUGGAAGAGGCAGACAUGAGUGAAAAUGAACAUGAUAAAAUCUCAGCAACAGCAGAAGAGACUGUGAAUAUCAUAAUGCCCAUUAUUACAAUAGAGACGAAUUUGAAAAUUCUUGAUGUAAAUAUUGAGGAAACAACAGCUGUUGAUCCUGAGAGUUCUGAACUGCUGAAAGGUGCAGAAAUUGAUGAUGAAGAGAAAGUACCUCAAAUUAUAGGUGCUACUGAGGAAGAAGUCCAACUUGUAGAAACAGAACCUGUUAAGGAUUUAGAGAAAGAGGGGGACAGCACUCCUGUAAUCAAACUGCAAAAUGCCAAAGUAAUGCUUGUGGAUGUUAAUAAACUUUUCCAAAAAACAGAAGGGAAUAGUGAGACUGCAGAUGAUCAAGUGCAUUCUCAGAAAGAAGAAGAAUUGGAACUGUAUAAAUCAACUAAUAGCGAACAUGAGCGGAGCAACAUGGAAUUAUACACAAAAUCAAUGAAAGACAGACCAAAUAUAAUUAAGGAGACAGACAAUAAUCAAGAUACUGUUUUAAAAGAGAAGCAAAUGGACAGUGAAAUAGCAGGAGAGAAUAUAGUGGACAAUAAGUCCAAAAUGUCAGCGGAGGAAAUUGUGGUGGAAAGCACUAAAAAUGAAAACGUUCAGAAAGAGGAUGAAGAUAUGACCAGCCUUGCUCAAGACAAAAAUGUCCAGGAAGAGGAGGCAUCAGUCUACACAGAGAGAAGUCUCAGAUGCAGAAUGGUAAGAGUUCAUUCUACACCAAGAAGAAAAUCUAAAUGUGUAAAAAUACAGGAGUCUGAGGCAGAUGUUGAAACACAGGAAAGCCAGACAGUGGAGAGCAAGGAUAAAGCUGAAACGGUCCCAAAAACAAAAAUGGGAGUUAAUGAAAUGGAUCAAGAAGUCAACAAGAUGGAAAACAAGAAAGCAAAUUUGAUUGAGACGAAAGAAGCAGAUGAGGAGGAGGCAGCUCCUGAGAUGAAAAGAGAAGAAGCAAAUUUAGAGCUACAGGAAAAUGAGCCUUCUGAAACUUCUGAGACAAAAAAUUAUUCCGAAAAUGAAAUUCAAGUGGAAAUUCCUGUAGAGGGAGUUCAAGAUAAAGAAAAAGUGCAAAAAAGAACAGUAGAAGAGGAUUCCAUUAACCAAGAAUCUGUGUCACAGGAGGAAAACUUAGGGGAAACCAAUCAGAAUGAAUGUGAAGCACCAGCUGGACAGGAGAAAGCUGCCUUAGAAAGCAUAGAUGAAAAAGCACCUCUUAUUACAAGAAAAAGUCUCAGAGAUAGAACAGUAACAGUCAAAUCUACACCAAGAAGAACAUCUAAACGGCACCACAGUCAAGAGGUGGAGCCUGAGAAAGAAGCGAUGAAUAACAGAUGUGGAAAUGAAAAAAACUCAUCAAUGGAGGAAACAGCUGACAUCUUAAGUGUUCAUACAAAAGAAAAUGAGCCACUGAAUGCUGAAUUUGAAAAUGUGGAGGCAAAAGAUGAAGAAGGUAUAAUUCAGUUAUAUACAGAUGAAAAGGCAGUGAAAAAUGAUAACGUUGAGGAGGAAGGUAAUGAAAUCCUGGUUGAGAGCAUGAAACAGAACAGUCCCAUUCAGAAGGAGACACAAGGAGAAUUCCAUGAAGAAGAAUUAGGGAAUGCACAGAAAGACACAAAGCAGAACAAGGCUCAAGAGGAAAGUAUGGACAUAGAAGAUGUGCAGAAGCCCAAAGAACAGGAGGAGGAGUCCAAUGUUCAGGAGGAAGAAACACAAUUUCAAGAGUCUCCAUCAGUCACAGAAGGUAUGAAUGUAAGUUCUUCUGAAUUGGAGGAAACUGUGGUGGAAAAGAAAGUCCUGAGAAAAAGAACAACAACAGUUGCAGCAACUGCUCCAAGAAAAUCGAAACGCCUUCGCAAACAAGAGCACGAUAAAGGUAGCGGGCAAGUAGAGGAGCCAGUUAAGGAACAGACUGAAGUAACUGUAACAGAAGAUGUUGAGUUGAAGUCAGUUGUACAAACUGCAAUGGUUUUUGAGGAAAUAGUGGAGGAGAAUAAUUUGGGGAAAGAAACAUCACAACAAAUCCUGAAAGAUGUUAAAGGGACAAAAUCAGAUGGAGAUCAUAAUAAACAUGAAGAUGACACAACAGAGACAGGUGUAGGACAAUCUGUGGAUGGGCAGAAAGAUGAAAAUAAAGUAGAGGAGCAAAAUAACAAGAAGGUAGAAGAGACAGAUAAAACAACCGAGGAAGUAGUAGAACAUAAUGAGGAGAAAGAAAAGCAAAACCUUGAGUCUAGUUUAAUUGAGGGCUUCACUUUAGAGUUGGAGGAAGAUGUAAAAUCUGAUCUAGAAGGAAACAAAGCAGAUAAACAGAGCCAAGUGGCCAUAGAUGCUCCAAAAGAAAAAUCCGCAACCGAGGAAAAAUCUGAGAGAAGUGAAGAACAUUUGUCAGAUGACAAUGAGAAAGGUCUUGCCAUGGAAAAGCAUGUUCCUCAGAGAAGCUCAUCAGCCACAGCUUCAACCACGCGAAGAUCAAUGAGACUUCAAUUCCAUGAAAUUAAAAAGGAUAGUAAGGAAGAUGAUUCAGAUUCUGAAGAGAUGAAGAAAGAAGUACAAGCAAUUGAACAGAUACCUCAGAGAAAAAGAAAAGCCAUAGCUGAUUCAACACCUACACGCAGAUCAAAGCGCCAUGAAAGGGGAAAUAUUGCUUAGUGCAUUUUUGGAUCUUUUAUUAGUACAAAAUCUCCUAUGCAUUGCUUAAGGGACCAAAAUUCUGAAAUUCAAUACAAAAGUUAAGUUUUCUAUUAGUCAAUUUUCAUAUGCAAAAUAAUGCAAAUGAUUCUGACCAACUAUAUUUUGUAUUUUUUUUUUUUUGGAAGUAUUUACGAUUUUAUAAAAAACUUGUUUUGAUUUAUUGGAAUAUUAAGUUUGUUAAGUGUAACAUUUAGUUACUAAUUAUAUUACUAGAUAAAUGCAUGACAUAUGACAGUUAGACACAAUUAUUAUUAUUAUUUUUCCUUAUUUUUAUUCGGUAUUGUGCACAUUUUGGAGGUACUUUUCAAUGCAUAGAUGUAUUUUUUAUAAAUUUCAUGUUAAUUUUAAAUUCAAACGAAUUCAAUUAAAUAAUUCAUAUGCAGAGAAUUUACAGCACAUUGCUUUCAGUUUGAUUCUGCAUAAGAUCCUAAAUAAAACCUAUGGAAAAACAUAUGUUAUCUUAAAAAAUUAUCCAACCUGGUUACUCUAUAUACAUUUUUGCAAACUGACUUUGACGUGCCACUUUCUACGUUUCGCUGCAGUUUCCUGGUGAAAUGAACACUAGAGGCACUACAACAACUGUGUGGAUAAAUCAUUGUCACACAAAUCACGAGUACAAUUGCUGAUUUUGAUUUUAUAAAAAUGUAUUUUUCACUCUACUACUCACCCCCGCUAUAUUAUGAUAUCAAUCAUUUAUACUUUAAUACUUUAACGCAUGAUUUGAAAAAUAAAACAUUUUAACACUUGUAUUACAGACUCACCUACAUAUACACAUGUAUUCCUAUGUCUUUAGCUUGCUUUGUAGCUCACCUGAUGCAGUUCGAGUCCAGCCAUAGACACUUGAAAGGGGCAUUGAAACUACACAAAAUGACAUGGUUGCUUCAGUUAAUGUUUGUUUUUUUUUAAUUUUAUUUGCAUUUUAAAACACUAUUGGUUAGGGUUAGGUGUUGGUUAAGGGUAAGGAAGUCUGUUUUGUUAUCUCAUUUAACAUUAAUCAUCAUUAACUCUCAUUUAUCUUUUCGGACACUAUUGGAUAGGUUUAGGGUAAAGUUUUAUGUUAGUGAGGUUCAUUUUACUUAUUAAAACCUCCAUCUAAAAUUCACCUUAAAAACCUUGUCUGAUUACAACCUCAUUUCCCUCGGUUUUGGCGCCCCCCGCUGGGCAUUUCACUUGAAAACUGCAGCCAAAUGUGUAAUGAAGCACGUAAUUUCAGUUUUGCAAAAACCUUGCAAUGCUCAUGUAAAGAACAUGAGACCAGGCUGAAAUUAUCUCUUUACAUGUGCAGUAUGUACUUCCAUUAUAUGUAAUGUGCUUUUCAAGGAUGAAUUUAUGUGACAUAUUUUGUGACAUCUGCCACUACUGCUCAUGUUUUUAAUGCCAAGUACGUGUAUUAGUGUUCUGACUGGGAAAUAGAUGCACAGUUAUUUACAUCCGGUACAGCUAAAAGCAAUAUAUUUUGUAACUUUGCUUUUUUAAUUAUUUUUCACAUAUUUCAAGCAACAUACAGUUUGCAUAUUAUAAAAUUUAGAAGUAGUAAUGCUGUGAGUUUGGUAAAGGUUGUUUAUUUUUACACUCCAUUCUGUUAGCAGUCAAGGUAAUGAAGCUUCUCGAUCCAAAUGUUAAUAAUAAAUUAAUUAAUUACAUUUUCUUAUACCACUGUGAUUUUUUUGUAGUGAAAAUAUUUUUCUGAACUGUGAUUUGUCCAUUGUAUUUCCUAUAUGUUUAAAUAAAGUCCCAAAUUACCUUAA